AUGGAGUCGCAAGGAGACACUGUGUUGGUAGUGGUGGAUGCCAAUAGAGGGGGUAAAGGAGGCAUGGAGGCAGUCAACUGGGCUCUCAAACGCAUUGUCCGCCCAAGAGACACUGUCAUUGCUUUAGGAGUUAUUCUUGAAUCUUGUUCCAAGAAGAGUUCUUGCUUCCCAUUUCUAAUGCGCAUUGGCAUCUCCGGACUAUGGGAAAGAUUAGACUUUCCAGGGCAAGGUGAAGUGGAUCCUGAAGAGCUUGAGUUAGAAAUUGAGAAAAAAAGGGGACAAUACCAAAGUAAUCUCCAGCCAUAUUACAGACAGUGCCUAAAGAACGAGGUGAAGAUGGAGGUUAAACUUGCUGUCGGAAUUUGUCCCACUAGAUUAACUGUUCAGGAAGCACAAAACUCUAAUGUCCACUGGGUUGUUUUAGACAGUCACCUCAAGAAAUAUAAGGAAUAUAUACGGCAGCGUAUAAGCAGUAAUCUUGCAGUUAUGAAAGGAAAGGAUACUGCUAUCUUAGUGACAUUAAAGGCUAGUGGAAAGGAUAUUCCAGAAGAGGAAUCAUCUGCACCCUUGCCAGUGACCGAAAUUCCUUGCUCGUAUCCACUGUCUUGGAGGGGUUCUCCUCGAGCCAUUGAUCAGAGCGAACUUGAAGCAAUAACAAAUAACUUUGCUGAUGAAAAUAUUAUUAUGGAAGCGAAUGGCAUGAAAUAUUAUCAUGGGAUGUUGCAAGAUGCACCUGUUUUAGUUGAGUGUUUCAUAGAAACUGAUGAAAACUUCUGGUCGAUGCUCGAGAUCCUUUCGAGGGUACGCCACCGCAAUAUCCUGAACAUUGUUGGAUACCUCAGCACUGGUGCUCCUAAGUCCUUGCUUUACGAUAACAUGUGCAUGGGUACUGUCGAUUUGAACUUGCAAUGUGACAACUUGGCUAUGGAUUUUGGGUGGAAGGCAAGGUGGUGUGUUGCUCUAGAGAUAGGUGCAAGCCUGCGGUACCUUCAUGAGGAGUGUGUUGAUGGACCCAUAGUUCACCUCUCUGUCUGUUCUGCUCAUGUUCUUUUCAGUAGUGGUUAUUCCACAAUGCUGGUCAACUUCAGAACUGCUAAGUGGCUUACAGAUGAUGUCUCCUCUCAAGACGAUUCACCAGCUAAAGGCAAAAAUCUUGAGGAAGAUGAACAUCUUUCUGUAGAUAUACACGAUUACGGGAUUUUCCUCCUUGAGCUCAUAACUGGAAAGCGUGCCCCUUGUUUCCAAGCCCAAGGGAAUGGCCAGAAGUUGGUCGAUUGGGCAAUUCCACUUCUCCAAAAUGGUUCGAUUAGCCAACUGAUGGAUCCCAGACUAACAGAAACUUGUGAUACAAAAGUGGUUCAGCAUAUGGCCAAUGCUGCACUCUGCUGUCUCAAAAAUGCUAAGAAUCGGAGACAUUCUAUGAGUGAGGUCCUAGCUGUGGUUCGAGGUGAUGAGCUUGCAGUAUCCAAGUACGGAGUUUUACUGAAUUAGUCUGCAGAUUGUUCUUCUUAUAACGUGCAUGUACUCCACAAAGUGAUCAGUAUAGUUGGUCAUUGUUGCACAUAAAAUUG